UGAUCCUAUCCGAAGCAAAUUUCUUUUGAACCAAGUAUUCCUUCACACUUACUUUACUAACCCUACCUAAGAAAGUGCUAUUUCUACGUUCUCUCCUUGAACACCGGUUGUAUGUCGUUGAGACUCAAAUGAAAGUGCAGUUUUGCUGAUUUGAACGCAAUGGGUUCCGGUGGCUGCGAGGACGUAGGAGCUCCGACGGCUAUGGCUUUGGGUUACUACGAUGGCGUACCGGCUACCACUUCUUCGUGGUUUGAUGGCUAUGGAGACGCAUCACCUCCGAGAGUUAUGGGGUUGGAUGCGCGUAUCACUCCGAGUAUGGAAAAUAAUUGUUCUAAUUCUACUGUGUAUGAUCAUCAUUAUAACAGUAGGAGUUCCAGCAUGGCUACAUCCAGCUCAACCCCCAUUGAUUCCUCUAAUAUUGGUUUUCGGUUGCUAAAGAAGCACGGUUGGAAAGAAGGAACCGGGCUGGGGAUUGCAGGACAGGGUAGGCUGGAACCUGUAGAAGCACAUGUUAACAAGAAUAAGCUAGGGUUGGGAGCAGAGAAAGGACAGAAAGCAAGUGCGCCAGAAAUUAACAAAAAGUACAGGAAAGAAGAUAAAAAUCUAAGGAAAAAAGCAGAAAUCUGACUGGUGUUUUAUUUUCACGCUUUGGUUCACUGCUGCAAGCUUUCCUAAGCAACAUCUUUUGCGUCCUCUGUUCCUGGCUACCUUAACUCAGAAGCAAGCAACUGGUCGGCUACAACUUCAUAUGUGCAAGGUUCCAAUUGCCGGUGAAAAAGAAAACAAAAUCGGUCACUAAAAAGAUGAAAAAAAUGCUGGAGUUGGAGAAGCGCUUGCAAGAGCAGGAACUGGUGAAACAAUUCUACCGGGAAUUUUGGCCUGACAAUGUUUGAAGCAUAUAUUUUACAUCCUUCACAGCUGACGUGCGUUAAACCCUCUCCGCGUUGUGGCAAUUUCUAUCCUGAUCUCUACCUUACACUAUAUGUGAUGUAGAUCUUUCUGUUUUUAAAAAGGUAAUUUUCUUUUUACAGAACUAGUAAAAAUAGUGUAUAUAAAAACACCCAGAACUCUUUGUCACUGUUUAGACAGAGCAUUUGAAAUGGUUAGCUUAGUGUACGGGGUAGGGGUGCAAACGAGCCGAAGUUUAUGUAGGCUCAAGCUCGAAAUAUAUUGUAUUGGCUCGAGCUCGGCUUGACUGAGCUUAAAAAAUCCGGGCUCGAGCUUGACUCGCAAAUAUUGACAUGGCUCGAUUCGGCUCGACUCAGUUCGAUAAUUUUGGUUCGUCAACUCAAAUGUUACAAGUUUGAUUAUCUCGAAAGUUCGGGUUCUAACUUGAGCUCAAGUAUGA